GUCUUUUGCAAGGCCGUGAUUCAAAUGGCGUCUUACGCGCCGUGCUGAGAGGACAUCCUCUGGUCGAAUUAAUGAAUUUUUGCUGUAUUAUGUAGAAUUUGUCCUCAAACAGACAUUCAGUAUGACUAUAAUUGUAUUUUUGAUAGAUACUUCGGCCUCUAUGAGCCAGAGGGCCUUUUUAGGUGGCCGUCCAACACUUUUAGAUGUCGCGAAGGGAGCUGUAGAAACUUUCGUGAAGGUCCGUCAGAGAAUACCAGAGAGUCGGGGGGAUAGGUACAUGCUGUUGACAUUUGAGGAUCCACCAAAUCACAUCAAGGCUGGGUGGAAGGAAAAUCUGGGUACAUUCAUGAAUGAGUUGAAAAAUAUUCAGUGUGUUGGGCUUACAUCCAUGGGUGCUGCUCUUAAAAAUGCUUUUGAUGUUCUGAAUAUUAAUCGUAUGCAAACUGGCAUUGAUACUUAUGGGCAAGGACGAUGCCCAUUUUUCCUUGAGCCAUCAGUCAUAGUCGUCAUCACUGAUGGAGGGAAGCUUUCCUGUACAACUGGUGUCCAGGAAGAUUUUACUCUUCCAAUGCAUUCGCCAAUUCCUGGCUCUGAGUUGACACGUGAACCAUUUCGUUGGGAUCAGCGAUUGUUCUCGCUGGUACUGCGUUUAGCUGGUACUCCUGCUAUUGAUAGGGAUUCAGGACUUGUACCCACUGAUGAUUCACCUAUUGAGACAAUGUGUGAAGUAACAGGAGGUCGCUCCUACAGCAUUACCUCACAGCGCAUGUUGAUGCAAUGUGUGGAUAGUUUGGUCCUGAAAGUUCAAAGUGGUGUUGUGGUCAAUUUUGAAAAAAUCGGCCCUGAUCCUAUACCUUUACCAGGUGAAGGUAAGUCAUUAUUAUUUUUCUUUUCCUUCCUACUGAACUUAACAUUACUCUCUCCAAUGCAUAAAAACUUAAACCUGUUUUCUGUUAAAGGUAUGAUUCGGCUUGAUGAUGGAGAUGAAGAUGGUGAGGGAAACCCACCAAACAAUGAUGCAAAUGACAUUGCUAGGAACAAUCUUGCUGCUGGAACUGCUUGGCACAACUGUCGGAAACUGAUUUAUGUUCCACGCAAUGCACAGAAAGGUUUUAAUUUAGGGUUUUGGCCUAUUCCAGAGUCAUUCUGGCCAGAUGCUACAGCUAACACAUUGCCACCUCGUUCAGCACACCCUAAUAUUAAGUUUGCUUGUGCUCCUCAAGAGCCAAUGGUAAUUGAAAACUUACCAUUUGAUAAAUAUGAGCUUGAACCUUCCCCAUUGACUCAAUUCAUUUUGGCCCGGAAGCAGCCAACUGUAUGUUGGCAGGUGUUUGUUCCUAAUUCAUCCAAGAUAUCUGAUGUUGGACAUCCGUUUGGUUAUUUAAAAGCAAGCACAAAUCUGAGUUGUGUUAAUUUAUUUGUAAUGCCUUAUAAUUACCCAGUUCUCCUACCUUUAUUGGAUGAUUUGUUUAAAGUCCAUCGCUCUAAGCCGUCAGCGGAUUGGCGAGCAACAUUUCAAAACUAUGUUAGAACAAUGCCACCGUACUACUGUGGGCCCCUGAGGAGAGCAUUACUGCGAAUGGGAGCUACUCCUACCCUCCCUACUGUAUUGCUACCAGAACCAAUGGAUAGUUUCCUUAGUUAUGCUUGUCUUAAUUAUUUAAAGAGGCUUAAGUCCUCAGCUAAGAUGGAGUAUGAAAAACUUUGCAGUGAAGUGAGUAAUAAGGCUGCAUCAAAUGUUAAUCGACUAUCCAUGGGAGCAUCCAACAACACUGCAACCGAAGGCAUUCGUGUUGUGCCAAGAUCUCCUUUGAAAAAGGAUCUUAUAUCACAUCCUCUCCUUUAUGACAAAUUUAAUAGUCUCAAAGAUCAACUGAGCGAAUUUGGAGGAUUUCAGGCAGGAAUUGAACGCAGCUCAGGGAUACGCGGUGUUCAAAGUUAUAGAAAUGCAUUUGAUAUCCCCAGGCGCACUUUAAUUGAUCAAGUGGUUAGAAUGCGAGCAAAUUUCCUUCAGCCAACUCUUGCUCACACUAAGAUAAUGGAUGAAGACCUAAAGCAUAGUAUGCCGGUCAGUCAAAUGGGCAACUAUCAAGAGUAUUUGAAACGUCAGCAACCACAACUGCGUGAAAUUGAAUCUGUUCCAGUACGACAACAUAUGUUUGGAAAUCCAUUCAAAAUUGACAAGAGUAUGAUGGUGGAUGAAGCUGACAUUGACUUUGGUGGAGGUGGUGGAGGAGGAGGUGGUGGUGGUGGCGGCCAUCAACGAGCAAACAAGAGGAAUGCUGCCCGUAAUGCAGGCCAAAUGAAUGAUCCAAAUCGAGCGCCUCCAAACAAGCGAAAACCAGGACCUAUUCCCAAAGACUUAGUUGUACAAAGACCUCGGUCACCAGUGCCUGGUGUUCCCCCACCAGUUGUUCCUGUGAGCUCACCUUAUUUAUCGCCUCCGCCAUCACCUGCUCCUGUCUUCGAAGCACCUCUUCCUGUGCCAAUUGUUGGAGAUGUCCCUAAUGCAGAUGCCCAGCAACCCGGUUUACCUAAUGGACCUGCUGGUGAAGAUCCAGUAGAAGUGGAAGGCUAUGCACCUAACCCUCCUGAAAUUAUGGUUGUUGGAGAGCUGCCUGCUCCUGCAGUAGUUGUAAUCAAUCCACCUCAGCAACCUCAGGAAGCUCCAAUACAAUGUAAUGGGGAUGUUGUUGUACCUGAUGCAAGCAUACAGCCUGUCCAUCUCAACAAUGUAGCUGUCAAUAGAGAACAGGCUCGGCGCGAGCUUGCAGAAAUCCGAAAACAUAACUUAGAAGUACGGGCUAAGGUGUAUAAGGAAGUUCGCCGCCCUGGUAAAAAUUUUGCUCCGUUGUUAGAACUAUUACAAACAUUAAAGGGAGGAGUGGAAGUCCGUGUCCCAGUGCUUGAAGAGAUAAUUGAGGAAUCACUUCGUUUUAAGAGACGGGCACUUGUCAGUGUUCUUCAGCAAUAUCUGUGUGAUAUAGACGACAGUAAUUCAACUGCUUCAGCUGUUUUAUCACCAUUUUCAAAUAAUCAUAGUAAUUAUAGUAAUAAUGGGGGCACAAAUUGAAAUUGUUUAAUGUCACAUUAGAUACAAAUUGUUGUGAUCUGUCUUCUGUCUUUUGAAUGUGACUUACUAUGUACUGCAGAGCUGAGGUUCAUUUAGUCCAUAUGCUCUUGGUAUAUUGAAACUAUUGUGGCUAAGAAGUGUCAUGAAGAAGCUGCCCUUUGAAGUGUCUGAAACAAGAAUGUUUCCUCUAGUCAAAAUGUGUUCUCGGACUGGACCUUAAAUUUGUAGGAAUUUGAAUGAAAUUUAUGGUGACACACAUACAUGUUUUACCUGUGCUAUUUAUUGUUACUAAAAUAUUGGUAUGGUGUGUUUUGAGACAAUUGUGUCAAGAAGAUACUUACAACUUUACUCCAGCCAUUAAGAGAUAACUUUUGUUUGUUUUGAUUAAUUUUCUGUGGUCCUUCUUGCAGAAGAGUUGUUUGACUUAGCUGUGAAUACUUGCCCACUAAUUUUUGGAAGGUUGAGUUUGUACUUCAAGACAGCAUUUAGUUUAUCAACUCAAAAAUCUAUCAAUCUAUUUCCUAGUUUGGAACAAAGUUCAUGUCACAGUGUGCUACAAAGUAAUUUAUUAUUUUCAGAUUUUUAGAUGUACAUUUUAGCAGUGUCAAGUUGCAUUGCUCUCUCUGUGAUUCUUUUCUCUUUGUGUUCAUUUAUUGAUGCAAUCACUGUCAAUCACACUUCUACUUCUGGUUCUUAAAUUGGAAGUAAAGAAAAGAAAGGUGUUCCGUAUUAUUAUUAUUUAUGUGUCUUUUAUGUGGGUAAACAUUACUGUAGUAUUUUAUUUGACUGAUUAAUAAUUUUAUGGGGCUGUGUUGUGUGUUGUAAUUAAGAGCUGACACAUAUCUCCUUGAUUUGGUGGAAUAAUCAACUGCAAAGACAGAUGCAUUUCUAUUCUUGUUUAAAUUUAUUUAAAGACCUUUAAUCUUGAAGAAGUUUCAUUACUGUACUAAUUGGUGAGUGGAUGAUAUGAGAUAAGAUGUUUCAAUUAGUUUCAGUGUCAGACUGUCAGUAUCUAGCUCUGUCUUGUUACUAUAAAUUUCAUGUUUCCAGUGAGUUUUUCUUCAAGUUUUACCUUUUCUUUUUUUUUUUUUUUAAAAUUGUUGGUAUUGUUCUCUCUUGGCUUUCUUGAAUCAGGAAGUUACCGGCAGAAACUUUGUUCUUCUUUCAUUGUCAUCAAUGUCAUCCAUAUCAACUGCAUUUAAAAUUAAUUUUAAGUUUUGACUAUUUGUCUAAGUAUCAAAGUUCUAUUGUACUAUUGACUGAGUUUUACGAACCAAUACUCAAUGGAAAGUCUUACGGCAGCACCUCAAAAAACCUUCCCAAUGUUGAUCUUGUGGUAUUGUGUUAAAUAAGUUCAUUUACAAUCUUUUCAUGUGGAAAAUAAAAGUAUCUGUGACUUAAAUGAAAGUGAUAUUACAUGUUAGAUUACUUAUUUAACGGAAGGAAAUAGAGUAACAAAUUUUAAUUUCUUACGCUUUACACGUCGUUAGACCUCUUACAAGAUGAAACAGUUUUGUAAAGAGGACGGAUGUUAAAUUUGUAACACCUCAUUUCAUUUUGAACUUUUUCUUCCAGAGAACUUUUUCAGAUUAUCAUGCUUUCUGAAUUUUUGGUUUACUAUUGCUGUAACACAAAAUAAAUGUGGUAGUACGUUUUGUAUUGUGUUAUCUUUGAAAGGUUAUAUUGUUACUGUUCAAUAACUUAUUAAAUUAUUGAUUGGAUGCAUAA